AUGAUGGACAGGGAACUCAUUCGGAGGGCGGCGACCACCAAGAUGCGCAAUACUACAGAGAUCACCUCGUCAGAAAAGCCAGAAGCGCAACGAAACAAAAGAAUAGCAUGUCAUAACGUUAAGCCAAGGAGGAAUGGGCCUACGUUGAGUGAGGAAUGA